UCCCGGAAGCACCGGGAGCCGGAGCGAGCCGAGCUGGGCCGGCGGUGAGCGGCGAGCGGGGCCGCCUGGCAGGCGCGCAGAAAGGAAAAGGUCAAGAAAUGUCUGCCAAUUUAAAGUACCUUUCCUUGGGCAUCCUGGUUUUUCAGACCACAAGUUUAGUGCUGACCAUGCGCUAUUCUCGGACGCUGAAAGAAGAAGGACCGCGUUACUUAUCCUCUACUGCAGUAGUUAUUGCUGAACUUCUGAAGAUUUUGGCCUGUGUUCUAUUAGUCUACAAAGACAGCAAAUGCAAUUUACGGACUCUGAACAGAGUGCUACAUGAUGAAAUCCUUAACAAACCCAUGGAAACCCUUAAACUUGCUAUUCCUUCAGGAAUUUACACUCUUCAGAACAACUUGCUAUAUGUAGCAUUGUCAAACCUAGAUGCAGCCACAUACCAGGUUACAUAUCAACUGAAAAUUCUCACCACAGCAUUGUUUUCUGUGUCCAUGUUGAGCAAGAAACUGGGUGUAUACCAGUGGCUGUCACUCGUAAUAUUGAUGACAGGAGUGGCAUUUGUGCAGUGGCCUUCAGACUCUCAAGCAACACCUGCUAAGGAGCACUCAGCAGGAUCACAGUUUGUAGGCCUGAUUGCAGUUCUCAUAGCGUGCUUUUCUAGUGGAUUUGCUGGAGUUUAUUUUGAGAAAAUUUUAAAAGAAACUAAGCAGUCUGUGUGGAUCAGAAACAUUCAGCUUGGGUUUUUUGGUAGCAUAUUUGGACUGAUGGGUGUUUACAUUUAUGAUGGAGAACAACUGUCAAAGAAUGGAUUUUUUCAAGGAUACAAUAAACUUACUUGGGUGGUGGUUGUUCUACAGGCACUUGGAGGGUUGGUGAUUGCUGCUGUUAUAAAAUAUGCCGACAACAUUUUAAAGGGAUUUGCAACUUCUCUCUCCAUUAUACUGUCAACAUUGAUCUCCUAUUUCUGGCUGCAAGAUUUUGUCCCUACAAGUGUCUUUUUCCUCGGAGCCAUCCUUGUAAUAGCAGCUACUUUUCUAUAUGGUUAUGAUCCCAAACCUGCAGGAAAUCCCAUUAAGGCAUAGCAGACUUCCUCAUCAACCUGCUUCUCGAGAUCAUGCACUGGGGGCCUUGCUAGCACUGGCAUGUGGGAAGUGUCACUGUGCACUGCCAGGGAAGGAUGACUGCCCUGCAUCUAUUGAAGAAAUGCUGAAGAGUAGUUCUGAACAGCCAGAGGGGUUACAGGUGGAGGGUGAUGCUGUCUGCAACUGAUGGGGGGGGAAAUGUCAGGGGAAUGCCCAGUGCAACUUGCUAAUAAAAACUUGAAAGAACCAAAAGUUUCCAAGAAACUACAAUUAGGAAUGUUUACACCUUUGACUGAGAUUGCAUCACAAGAAUUACUGUAUUGACUGCUGCAGAAAUAUGUCCUAUGCACUCUUUAAAAGAGCACACGACAACAUUGUCAGAUUGUAUGUUUUUGCUAUUCAAUUCUAUUUAAUCUUAGUAAAUAUGUUUUUAACUGUUUGUCUAUUUACGUGAAAUGAGCAGAAAGUCAUAGUUCUAAAGUGAUGGUUCUAAUUAGGUACUCCGUAUUAAAACUGAAAAUUGAAGUAUGAUUGAAAGACACUUUCACAAUAUCAAAUAUUUUUAUAUUUUUAGAAGGCUGAUUUAAUAACAGAAAUCUGUUAUUAAAUGAUAGUAUUUUAAUUCUGUUGCUUCUAUAAAACUGUUGUAGGAAUGUUAACAUUCUCACUGAAAUACAAAGGGAGGAAUACUCCAGCCUUCAUCAGCCUGUAGUGUUGGAGCAGAUGGAAUAACUCUGGGAACACAGGCUGGAGGUUACUGUGCUAACCUGGGAGCAGCAGUAGGGAUGUGAUGGCUGCUUGCUCAGAUGUGAUGUUCAUUCUUUUUUUUUUUUUUACUGAUUAUAAAUCAACUUUUUGGUAGAAUCUUAAAAGUAGUUUUUGUGCUUUAAAUCGCCUCUGAAGAUUUUUUUUAAACCAUGAUUUCAAAAGACAAAGAGCUCAUAAUAAGCAUUUUAAAGGCAUUAUCAUUGUCUGUAACAGCUCCAUCUGGAGAUAUUAUGGUAUGGCAUCUGUAUACUGUACUGUACUUUAUUACAGAGGUGUUUUUUAAACAAGUGUUGUUUACUCAUGAACUCUUCCAGGCUUUUUCUGUAUAUUUCUAUGUAAUGGUUUAAUUGGAGUCUUGGUGGGGUUUUUUAAAUUAUUAUUAUUUUGUUCUGAGAGUCAUUGAGCCAACAGAUUAAAAUGGGUUCUCUGGACCUAUUUGUUCUAAUAGUGGAAUUACUGUAAUAGGAAGUAUAAUUAAAAAGCAAUUAAUUGUGCAAUAGGUAAAUAUAAAAGCAUGCUGUUAUUCUGUUUAAAGCAAAAAAAAAAAAAACCUACACAAAGAAACUUUGCUGCAAUUAUAUUAAUUAGACUGUUAUGAACACUUGCAUAUAGUCAGAAACACUAAAAAAAUCUGCAACUAAUAAACAAAAAAAAACUGUCUUAAAAAUCAUUGGUUUUCAGGUUCACAAUGGAUGUUAAUGUCGAAUGACUCAUGUGACACCUGUGAUGGUGCAUUUAUAUAAAAGCAUUUUGGGAGUCCCUUACCAGUAGAAUGGCAAGUGGUAAAAAUGUCUUUAUUCCUUUCUUCCCUGCCACCACUCCCUCCAUUCUCUUUCUCACAUCUGUCUUGUACUAAAGAAAAUGUGUAAUAGAAAGGUGUUUUAAAAUGUUUACCGAAGUACCUCAUCUGAUUGACCAGGAGAUUCUGUAGGAGUGCUCUGAGAUGUCUCAGUGAAGUAUUGUAAAUGAGAAAGGAAGAAUUCCACUGAUGUCAAUCAAGUAAAAAUGGUUUCUUUCUUCUGUUAGCAAUUACGUGUUUUAUCAACAUUUUGUUUGUUUGUCUUAUCAGAGCAAGACAUUAAAGAAAUAUCAGAGCUCUGCCUAGAGCUUGUUAAGCUUUGUGAACUUUGAAUCUGUCCCAGCAUGUUGUAAUUGCAGUAGCUUUGCUACUUGGCAAUCAAAGCUAUCUAAAUGGGCAUUCUGUGUUAAUAUUAAAUCUUUUACACGUAACAUUCAAUGUGGCACAAUCUUUGAAAAGUCACAUUUAGCCAUGUCCCCCUGCAGUGCACCCUGAGGUAAGGUGUGUGCAUAGAGCAGCAGCUCACGGCAGUGCCAAGCACAGAAUGGGACCUGCACAGCUCUGAAAUGAGGUGGGAGGUGUUGGUGGCAAUCUCUCAACUGGAGUUUGGCCCUACACAGGAAUACUUUUGAUUUCUUGAAUCACAGUAGUGGGAGUGUUCAAGUGAUAUAAUUGGUAACUUUCUUUUAAAAAGUCUCCAAAAAACAUA